CGUAUUUGGCGCCUUCACAGAACCUAGGGAGAGAGACCCUAAGAGAAUGGCGGAGGCAGUCGCAGUAAUGGACAUCGACGAGGAAGACAACCAUUUGCUGAAACCUAACAAGGGCAAGUCUGUCGUUGUCGGAGGUCCGCCGGACCGCAAAGCAACUCCGUGGGUAGAGAAGUACCGGCCACAGUCCCUUGCCGACGUUGCCGCUCAUCGCGACAUUGUCGAUACCAUCGAUAGGCUCACGAGUGAGAAUAGAUUGCCCCAUCUACUACUGUAUGGACCUCCCGGCACGGGUAAAACCUCAACUAUUCUCGCAGUCGCUCGCAAGCUGUACGGAGAACAGUUCCAUAAUAUGAUUCUCGAGUUGAAUGCUUCCGAUGAUCGUGGGAUAGAUGUGGUGCGGCAGCAGAUCCAAGAUUUUGCUAGCACUCAGAGCUUCUCCUUUGGUGCAAAGUCGUCCGUGAAGUUGGUUCUAUUGGAUGAGGCAGAUGCUAUGACAAAGGAUGCACAGUUUGCCUUGCGCCGGGUGAUUGAGAAGUACACAAAGAACACUAGGUUUGCACUAAUUUGUAAUCACGUCAACAAGAUUAUUCCAGCGCUACAGUCAAGGUGUACUCGAUUUCGGUUUGCCCCUCUUGAUGCAGUUCAUGUUACUGAGCGACUUAAACAUGUUAUAAAUGCUGAAAAACUUGAUGUAUCUGAGAGUGGCUUAGCAGCACUUGUACGGCUGAGCAGUGGUGACAUGAGAAAGGCUUUGAACAUUUUGCAGUCAACGCAUAUGGCUUCUCAGCAGAUAACGGAGGAAGCUGUCUAUCUGUGCACUGGAAAUCCAUUGCCUAAAGACAUUGAGCAAAUUUCUUACUGGCUGCUGAAUGAAUCAUUUGCAGCUAGUUUUGAUCGAAUAUCUGAAGUCAAGAUGAGGAAAGGAUUAGCCUUAGUAGAUGUUGUAAGGGAGGUGACAAUGUUUGUUUUCAAGAUCAAAAUGCCAUCAGAUGUUCGAGUUCAAUUAAUCAAUGAUUUAGCUGACAUUGAGUACAGGUUGAGUUUUGGUUGCAAUGAUAAGUUGCAGCUUGGAUCACUUAUUGCUUCAUUUACACGGGCUCGAUCAGCGUUGGUUGCUGCUGCAAAGUAGUUAUGUUCUUGUUUGUGGACAUGUUAAGCUCUCAUAUCCUCUCACUAUUUAUGCAUGUGGGUUGUUUUGUUAAACACCACCACAAAAGUAAAUAGUCUUAAUGUUUUUGUCGGCUUGGAGUUAAAAAACUACUAGAUCUUGGUUCCAUAGUUUGUAAUGUAGAGUUGUAAGCUUGCUUCUAGAGAGUAUAGACAGUAAAGUUGUUAACUAACCCUUCUAUUGCUAGGGUUUCAACUCAAUUGCUUGAUGGUGUUCCUCCUCCCUGCUCCGUCUUAUUCAUUCCCUUUUUGCUUAAA